AUGGUCGUCGGUGCUGAUCUGUGUCUUCUUUCCUCUGAUGAUUUCGACGAGAAUAGAAUCUCGGAAAACGACGAGAGUGGAGGUUUUUCGCUCGAUUUUAACGUCGACAUGCGUCCACACGAAGAAGAAGAAGAAGACACAGAGGAAGAAGAAGAAGAGAAAGAAGAAUUAUACGCUUUGCACUUGAACAACUUCACCUCUCCUCUCUUUAUAUCGCAAACGAAUACAGGAGAGUUAGGGUGCCGAGUGUGGAAUUGCGCGCUGGCGUUGUGCGAGUAUUUAUCAGUCUCCUCUUCUUUGUCUUUCCCUGUGUUGAACAAAGCGGUGUUGGAAGUCGGGUGCGGCGUAGGAUUGGGCGGGUUCGUCGCGGCGUCGUUGGGCGCGAAAACUGUCUGCUUAGCAGAUUGUGGGAAAAACACGUUGGAGAACGUCUCGAAGACGUUGGAGAGAUGGGAUGCGUUGGUGAGGAUGAAGGAAGGCGUUUUUGCGGAUGUGAAAAGGAGGACGACGAAGUGGGAAUCGAGGUGCGGUCGAAUCCGCUUGCGAACGCACCUUUGGGAAGAGGACGAGGAAAUCGUGAACGCUUUGGUAGAGAAGAGAAGGAAAGAAUCGGUCAGACAUUGGAGUAAAACGAGCGGAGAAGACGAUGUGUCACUGGCGCCGAAGAUGGCGGACGAUGAGACGUUCGAUGUGAUUAUUCUUUCGGAUUGCUUGUAUUACAGUUCGCAAGAGCUGCCGUUGGCGAAAUCGUUAGCGUUGCGGCUGAAGAAGGAUCCCACAUCCACUAUCGUGCUAUUCCAAACCAGACGAACUACGAAUAAGUUAGUAGAGGAACGGUUCAGAAUCUGUUGCGAGGCGCAAGGUUUAGAGGUGGCCGUAGAAGAUGUAGCUUUGGAGAAACCGAAGAGGAGCAAGUUGAACGGCGUCCACGAGACGGCGCAUACGAUAGGGUACGCGAGGAUGAUUAUGAAAUGGCGCGCGCCGUGA